AUGUCUGUCGCAAAGUCCGCUGCCACCAAAAUCGACUGGUCAAAGAUCAUUCCACAGUUAGGUCUUACUGGCCAAACCGCUUCCUCCCUUACCGCCUUCAAGAAGAGAAACGACGAAGCCAAGUCCGCUUUGUACGUGUUGAAGAGCCAACCAACCGAGGUUGCAUUUGACAACUACUCCAAGUUAAAGAACACGGAAAUCGUUUCCAAGAUCAAGUCUGAUGUGUCCUCCUUCACCGCGUCCACCAUCGACUUAUCUAAGCAAUUGAACGUCAUCAAGGCUUUUGAAGUCAAGGCUAUCGAAAACGCAAAGAAAACCGAAUCCUUAGUCUUGGCUGAAUUAGCCAACUUAGAAAAGACCCUUGACAACAUUGAAUCCGCAAGACCAUUCGAACAAUUGACUGUCGAUGAUGUCGUCAAGGCUAGACCAGAUGUCGAGGACAAGGUCUCCGACAUGGUUUCCAAGGGUAGAUUUGAAGUUCCUGGCUACAAGGAGAAGUUCGGUGACUUGGUUAUCAUGUAA